AUGUCGAAGGUUAAAGCCGUUCUAGUUCACAUCGAUGAAGCGAAGCACAGAUUUGCCGGACACCUAAUGAGAAGGGAGGAUGGACGAUGGAACUCGGCCACUGUACGAUGGUGCCCGCGAGAGAGGAAGCGGCCGCAUGGCCGUCCUCCUUUACGAUGGGCAGAUUCUCUAGCUUAUCGAAACAACGUCUAUGAUCCGGAGUCCUUUAGGGUGACUACGCACUGGACAACCAGAGCUCAAGAUCGAGAACAAUGGAAAAGAAGUUGGGACCCGCGCAAAGCCAAUCGCUGUGCUGAUGGUCGGGUCGUCCAAGAAAGUAUCGAAGUAAGUAUAACGAGAUCGUUUGGCUAA